AUGAGUGACCGUGUUCGAACCUCCGAUUAUAAACAAGCCAGAAAGGAAAGCGCAGCAAAAGACAAUGAUACGCAACGAGAAAGAAAGCGGGCGCUUGAUCGCAAGGCACAACGGGCUUCGAGGGAGAAGACAAGAUCAUACAUUGCACAUCUGGAGAGGACAGUACAGAUACUGAGCGAAAGGAAUGGGACAGCGGCAGCGAAUGAGUUACUGGAAGAAAUCUCGAAGCUCCAUGUCGAGGUUGAUCGGUUGAAGAAGAUUAUAGAGGGCAUCAGGUGUUUGUUGGGUGUUGACUUACACGAGGCUCCCGUGACUAAGAGACCUUCUUCUCAGUCUUCGGUUCGUGAUAGUACCAGCUCAAACAGACCCAUUCCGGACGAGUCCGGACUCUGUGAAGUCCGUUCUCCUUCCGCAGACCCUUCUCAUCUCCAGAAAGUUGAGACUCAAGAUGGUUCUGCUUGGACUACCAACAUCAUCGAUGAAGAGCUCGCAGUGAACGAACAUAUUGAAGGUGUCAACGAGGAUAUUAGCCAACGAGGCUCUACUGAAACAUAUCACAUUACCCAGAGACCGGCACGAAACCUCGAUUGGAUGGACUUCGACGAGACAGACCCAAACAUCUCUGCCCGCUCCCAGAACAUUCUCCAUCAUGGCUCGCUCCCCAGCAUCAUGAGAUCCCUGACUCCGACGCUGCCGGAAUACGAGCCGUGCGAGGUCUGGAAGAAAGCCAAUGCCAUUUAUGCACGCAUCUUCAAUUUUGACAGACAAAAGAUCGCAGAAGCUGACCAGAUAGACGGAGGCUCGCUCGUUCGUGUCGUCAAAGAUGGCUGGAACUCAUUGUCUGUCGUGGAACGAAGCAAUCCCGUCAUUGAGAUCUUAAGGGAGGUUGAUCAAUAUUUGUUCUGGGAUUUAGACCCUGUCACCAAAGUUGCGAAUCUUUACAAGAGCAUGCUCAUACUCAAGUAUUAUUUCAAUGCCGGCAGCCAUAAUCUAGAGAAAAUGCCAGAAUGGCAAAGACCAGUACAAUCUCAAAAGUCCAAACGGCAUCCACUUGCUAUUGACUUCUUCCCUUGGCCUGCAUUACGAGACCGACUAGUCCGUCAGCACAAUUACUAUUUUGGCACCACGGAUUUUUCGGUCAACUAUCGACAUCACUUUAAGUUCAGUUGGCCCUUCAACUUCGACGACAUUUACGCAUAUGAUCACAAGAAUAGGUCAUAUCAGCUGAGCCCUCUGUUUGAACGCUACCACCAAGACGUGAGAUGCUGGAGCUUGCAAAAGGCGUUCUUCGACAAGUUUCCCGAGUUUAUUGGCGAGAUAUCUGCUUUCGAGGAUGAGGUCUCAAAACUUCCUGCUUCGAGUAUUCCUGGUUAUAGGCUGUCUCCGGCACGAGAUCGUGCUGCGACAUUCCAAGAAGCUCCGAAUGCUAGGAAUGCGAAUCACGAGUUCGCGGACGACAUAAUGCAGCUUUUCGAUGAAUGUCCGCCAACAUAA